UCAUUCUGAAAGCUUCCGCCUUGCGAUAAACAUUCAUCUUCUCUCAUGCCUCUUUCUAUUCAAUCAACAACAACAAAAUACUUACAAGUCAAAGUCCCCGCGAUUGUUGACUGAAGACUGUCUUCUUCUGGAUCAUUAGUUCACUAUUGAAUUUCCACACAUUUCUCGUGUGGAAUAAUCCUACCGUGUGUGCCCGCGUGUUUAUCUUCAACUCAGUUGUACAAUAACGUCAAACAACCUUCAACAUGGGUGGCGAUCUGAACUUGAAGAAAUCAUGGCAUCCCCAUUUGAUGAAGAAUCAGACACGGGUGUGGGAGGAAGAAAAGAAAGCACUCGAGGAGAGACGACGUACAGAACAGAGGAUCAAGGAGCUUAAAGAAGAACGAGCGAAGGAAGAAAUUCAAAAUAAACUCGAAGCCGCCGGAUCGAGAAAACGGGUUGAUCGUGUUGACUGGAUGUAUCAAGGCCCGUCAAGUGGUCAAGCUGGAACCACCGAAGAGAUGGAAGGUUAUCUCCUUGGAAAGAGGCGCAUCGAUGGGUUAAUCAAAGGUACAGAGCACAAAAAUCUCGAGAAGCAAGCAUCUGAGGCUAGUUUUAUGGCUUUACAAAACGCGAAUACUCUGCGAGAUACGGCAGCCAAGGUCCGUGAGGACCCUAUGCUUGCUAUCAAAAGACAAGAGCAAGCCGCAUACGAGGCUAUGAUGAAUGAUCCAAUAAAACGACGGAAGUUACUUGAACUGGCUGGGCAAGACACUAAGGAGAUCAAACCAAAAAAGGAAAGAAAGCAUCGACACCACCAUAGGCAUCGCGACAAUGACGAUGAAGAACGACGACGAAAGCGCAGGAGGGAUGAAGAUGUGGAUGGCCGAGAGGAAGAUCGCAGUCACAAGCGUCACAGAAGUGGUGACGAUUACGAUGAUGAUAGGAAUCGCAGGAGUCGCAAAUCUGAAUACCGUCGACGCUCAGAUUCGUACUCAAGAUCUCGUUCUCCAAUAGAGAGAAGAGAUAGUUUUGGAAGAUCACGAAAACCAAGAUCACUUUCACCAGAUAAUAGAGAAAGAGGACGAUCAGGAAGAGAAAGAGACGAUGACCGACCUAGGCCAGUAUCACCAGAUGGACGACAAAAUGGUAGAUCGGAUAGAGAUCAAAGUAGAAGGCAGAGAAGGAGGAAUAGUUCAUCCCCGGAAUCCCGACCCCCUACCCCAGAACGACGAAGAUCCCCGGAUAGGAGGAAAUCCUAUCCAGCAGGCAGGGAGGACAGAAGAGACAAUUACGACAGAAAGGAUACUGGGAACAGAUACGAUCAACAGCGCGAUGGGAAUGGCUAUGGCAGACGAGAUGAUAGAAGAUCGCAAGGUGGAUAUCAACAGCAAAAUGGUCCUUCGGAAGAAGAGAAGGAGGCAGAGCGACAAAAGAAAUUGGCUGCUAUGCAACAGGAUGCAUCAAGUCUGGACAUUGAUCGGGAGAAACGACUUAAGGCAUUGGAGGAACAGGAGAAGGCAGCUCGAGAAGCUGAGGACAAAGCACGAACAAAGUCAUCGAAGUACUCGGAUAAGGGCGACUUUAUCAAUGGCCUCAACCGCACGGCGGGAAAUAUGAACCUCGCCGACCGAAUUGGGCGUCGUGCGGGACAAGGUUUCAUCAAGGAGGAAGAGUGAUUAUGUUUUAUGGUCAAGUUGAUGGAGGUGUGUUAUCCCUCAAUACCCUUUGUGUAUCAGAUUGCGUAGUUUCUCUUGUAGGAUCUUGGUGACUGUUUUUACCCUUUCAUUGCGCAAAAUUGCAAAUUAGAAAAGCAAAUAAGCAUCAAAUUUGAAAAAUUCGAAUGUUCUCCACCGAGUCCACUCGAGGAAGUCGAUGCUCCACAAUGAACAACGCAAAGUCAAUUACGGCUCACGGUUCCAAGUUCUAAGUACCACAAAUUUCCUCCUUUUCAAGGAUGUGCCUCCCAUGCGACGAUCAUCCGCUUGAGCCACCCAAAUGUCAAAUGGAAUGCUAGGAAUUCCACCACAAUCUUGAGACGAAGAUUUAGAAGAUGGAAGGGGAAAAGAUCAAACAAUAAUUAGCAUAAAUUAUAACAAUUGAACAAGAAUUAGAUAUCUCAUGUACAUACCUGAUAACGAUUAACCGAAUCAAUCCUUUUGUGAAGUGUGAAGUCAAAAAAGCCUCAUCUCUUCCCCACGAUAUACUAAUAAGGUACUAAGGAGAAUUUACAAAGUCGGGGACGGUUAAAUGAGCUUU